CCCACCCCACCCCACCCCCAAUUUAAUCCCCAAAUUCAUCCUCUUCAUCUUCAAGUGUACUCAAAUCUCCACACUCACUCACCACUUAUUCUCAAAUGAAGAAGUAGCAUUACAUCAAUCAAUCAGAAUUCUGAAAUGGAUUAUUAUUCUCAAAAACUUAAUCAAUCCAUCGUCGUUUUACUCUUAUUUUUAUCCUUCCCCUUAAUAUGUUUCGGCAUUCGUUACUUCCCCUCAAACGACCACCCAGACAUCCUGUCCGAAUUCACUGAAGCGCCGGACUACCGUAACGGCAUACACUGCUCACGUGACCUCAUCCAUGUCGCAAUGACAAUCGAUCUAGAAUACUUACGUGGCUCAAUCGCCGCCGUACAUUCCACCCUCCGUCACGCAUCCUGUCCCGAAAACAUCUUCUUCCAUUUUAUUGCCGCUGAGUUCGACCCGGCGAGUCCACGUGAGUUGACUCGGUUAGUACGAUCCACUUUCCCCUCGUUAAAUUUCAAAAUGUAUAUCUUCCGUGAAGAUACAGUCAUCAAUCUGAUCUCGUCUUCCAUCCGGAUCGCACUCGAAAACCCGUUGAACUACGCCCGGAACUAUCUGGGUGAUAUACUUGACCCGUUUGUCACUCGGGUCAUUUACCUCGAUUCUGACGUCAUCCUCGUUGACGACAUAAACAAGCUUUGGAACAUAACAUUAAAAGACAACCGGGUUAUCGGAGCUCCGGAAUACUGUCACACUAAUUUCACCAACUACUUCACCGACAGUUUCUGGUCCGACCCGGUUAUGUCCCGGGUAUUCGGGUCGAGAACGAAAAAACCGUGUUACUUCAACACGGGGGUGAUGGUGAUGGAUAUGAAGAAAUGGAGAUCCGGAAACUACCGGAAACGGAUCGAGAACUGGAUGGAGGUCCAGAAGAAGAAACGGAUCUAUGAGUUGGGUUCUUUGCCACCGUUUUUGUUGGUGUUUGGUGGUAAUAUUGAACCGGUUGAUCACCGGUGGAACCAGCAUGGGCUCGGUGGGGAUAAUGUGAAGGGGAGUUGCCGGAAUCUGCAUGCCGGUCCGGCGAGUUUGUUGCAUUGGAGUGGGAAGGGGAAACCGUGGGUGAGACUUGAUGAGAAGAGAUCGUGUCCGUUGGAUCGUUUGUGGGAGCCGUACGAUUUGUUUAGGAGGAGGGGUUGGGGUUAUCAGCAGCCGUUGGAUGGUUAAGUUGGAAAUUGGUUGAUUUAAUUUAAUUUUGGUUAAAUUAAAUAAGGUUUUUGUGUAAUUUUUGAUGGUUUCUAGGGGGUUUUCAGUUUUGUGAUUCUUUUGUUGACAGCUGUGUACAGGGGGUUUUGUUUGGUUGGGUGGAUGGAUGGAUGGGUUUUUGGUUGUAUAUUACAAUGAAUGUUUACAAAUUUUGUUUUUGUGUUUAAAA